UUGGCAUGUAAACAUUAGUGAUGAUUGCAGCAAAGAUGGAGGUGUGAGUUUAACCUAGGCAAGGAAGACUCCAGGCAAAAUAUUUAAAGGAUGGUGUCGAUUUUACGGCCUGAGGAGGUUAUUCCCAGGUGAGGGCGGAGAGAGGCCAUGCACGAGACCCAGCAUGGCUACUGCAGCAGACACGGAGGCAGAGAACAGCAGCCAUGACUGGGAAGACUUCUGUGAUCAGCAGGCCAGGAGUGCUGCAGCAGACUUCGUCAGGUCUUGGAGGGUGUUCGUGACACUGCAGGCACAGUGCCGACAGCUGGAGCACAAGGAACUCGCACACAAGUUUGCAGAACUCUUCCCAGGUCACUUAGAGCAGGCCUUGCUUAGUCCUGGUAAUGGAGUCAAGGUGAGGAAUGGCCUGGGGGCUGUGGCUGCCACCAGGUCAACCUCGGUCACUGUCACCACCACCAGGUCAGCCUCGGCCACUGUGGCCAGCAGCAGGUCAAUUUCAGCAGGAGUGGCCAGCACGAGGUUAGUUUCAGCCGGGGUGGCCAGCAGCAGGUCGGUCUCGGCCGGGGUGGCCGGCACCAGGUCGGCCUCGGCCGACGACAUACUGGAAGCAGCAGCUAGUGAUGAAGGCGGAGAGUCUCCCUCACCUAAGGUCUCCCAUAAACCCUUCUUCAGGAGACUCUCCUUCAAGGGGCUCAAGAAAGGUAAAAUCUUCCUGAAGCAGCACUCGGAUGAGGUAGAACUGUCGCCUCACCAUGACAAGCAGGCGAAGCCUGAGCGACACAAAGGUCGUGUGGUGAAAGUGACGGUGGAGUGUGCACGGGAGGGCACAGUGCAUCUGCUGGCUGGGGACACUCAGGAGGGGCGCCCUCACUGGCUCAAGUGUCGUAUGGCCCUACUCAAGGUCGCUGCUGGCCACAUGCUCGAGUUCUAUGCUCCUCCUAAGAGCAUGAAGCCACGUACGGGUGUCUUCUGCAUAUCAAUAAAUGAGGCCAGAGAAACUACUGACUUAGAGAUGCCAGACCUUAGAAACACAUUUGUUAUUAAGGCAGAUAGUGGCACUGAGUGGGUAGUGGAGGCUCAAGAUCAAGAUGACAUGAAAACCUGGCUCACCACUAUUGUUGCUCACUGCUGUUCCACUGAUAAAGAACAGCCUAAAAAUUAUGAGCUUCGACCAACAAUGUACAGCGUAAAGAAUGAAUCCUCUCAGUCCCUGGCUGCUACACUAGGUGGUGGUGACCUAACAGAACGCCCUGAACAUCCACCAGACCUUCCCCCACGAGUUCCCGGUACUACCUCGCCAAGCUCUCAGCAGGCAUCUAUUGUUGCUGCAAGACAAAGCAAUCUUUCACUGCAUUCAAGAUCUCAAAAUGGACUUGGAGACUAUUCUAGUGAUGAUGCUGUCAAUAUACGAGUACCUUCAGAUGUGGAUUUCUACUCUAGUCUGCGGGAUUACCCCUGGUUCCAUGGCACACUAUCACGUUGUGAUGCUGCUGCUGCAGUCCUUCAAGAGGCAGUUGCAGGUCAUGGUGUAUUCCUUGUUAGACAAAGUGAAACAAGGAAAGGAGAGUAUGUUCUAACAUUCAACUAUCAAGGCAGAGCAAAGGGACGAUCUACUAUGAAAGUAAUGAAGCCUUAA